AUGGACAAAGUAAAAUUUCGUGACUUGUACGCCGUCCUCGGCCUCACCAGCCAGCAUGUCAGUCAGAACGAGAUUCGAGUCGCCUACGAGAAACUUGUUGCCAAGUUUGACCCAGACAGGAAAGUUGUGCGUCCUUCGCCUGAUGCGGUUGAGUUCGUGAAGGUGAUUGAAAGCGCUUACGACAUCCUUGGCGACCCUGAGAAGCGCGCUGAAUACGACCAGAGCCGCGCCCGCGUCCACCACGAGGUGAAGAACUCGCCCGAGCGCACUGGCAAACCAGGCCAGAAACUACCCCUCGAUGAGCAGUUUCCAGCCGCACGAGGACAACUCCAGCUGCAGACAUGGAAGCGACCGCGGGCGCGACGGACCCCGCCUCGGCCACAAUUGCGAGUACAGGCACAGCUGCGAGCACACGGGCACCGGCUCGCAAAGCUACAACAGCAAGUACAGGCCCAAGGACUACGGGAGACAAUGCGGCAAAUUGAGGUUGGAUCAGAUGAGGAGUUUGAGAACGUCUGGGCAUGGUUUUCCCAGAUCUUCGAGGCUGCCGAGGCGGUCCACGAGGACAAUAAGCGAAAGGAGGAGGAGGGAAAAGAAGCUCUCGCCCGACAAGCGGCAGAGCAGGAGGCCAAGUUGAGAGAAGAAGAGGCCGCUCGCGAGGAAGCGGCAGCAGCGCAGGCGCAGGCGAAAGAGAUCGAAUGGAUCAACCAAGAAGCCGAAGAGUCCAUUCUGGUCCUGGCGGGCAUGGGAGAACGCCCCAUGGCCACCCUGACGACCGGGUACGCCCAGAUGCUGCAUGAGGACUACGUUCGGCGGCUGGUUGAGAAGACCGAUGACCUGCUGGACUACCUGUGGGACAAGGCACACUCCGGAGACUGGAUCUGCCCGAAAAUCAAGGAAGGCAUCGACCUCGACCGGCUGCUGGGGUUGGUCCUGAACCGUGAGGCGCAGGAAUCCUACUUCCCAUCCGCUACGAAAGACCUAGCAGCAUCUCUGCUCCGCAAGUGGCGCGGUGAGGAGUGUGACGAGACCGACGACAGUACUUCGCCGGCUGAAGAGGCUACUUCGCAGCCAUGCUCCGACUCUGAGAGCUCUGAAGGAGGGAGCUCGACCGAAGAAAGUGAGGCUGAGGGAGAGUCGUCUAGUGUCGACUUGCAGUCCUCCCCACAAGCCGCUGAGCCGCACCACUCACCCUUUGCACAGAAUGCGAACCAGCCAUCGCCAUUUGCACAGAAUGCGCACAAGAAACCCCCCCUUGCCUCUAACAACCAGCAGUACAAUAUUGGCACUGUGGCGUCUUUCGCUGGAUGGAAGCGCGUGCGAUCACCAGCUCCGUACGAGGAACAAGAGAAUCAGUGGUCAAAGAAGCAAAAGCACAUCGGUUGUGUUUAA